AUGGAUAAAAAUGCCAAGACUGUACCCCUGACCAAGGGCCCCACGGAUUCAGGGGGGGGCCCGUCCAUAACUGGCAAAGAGACUGGAAAACUGGAACCCGGAAUGAAGAGUGAUUAUGAAGAUAUGUGUUUUGAAAAACCCGAAGAGGAUAUAACAAAUGAAGAUCUCUCCAGCUGGCUAUUUGAGUACUGGGGUAACCUGGACUCAAGCGUCGGAAAACUCGCAACUGUGGUGGAAAAGAUGUGCACCUUUUCCCUGGCAACGAGAAACUUACACAAGGAGAUGAAAGGCUGGUGUAUUGAGUUGCACAAACAAAUGGGCAGGGUUCAAAAAAGAAGCGAAGCACUGAAGUCCUUUGUCGACAAAUCAUCGGACAGAAUUGUAGAUUUGUCUUCUAGCCUCCUAGAAGUCAGCACUACGCAUAGCCUAAGGGCAGUGUCAACAGCUGACAUAGGAGUCGGCACGGAAACUGAGGCUGUUCUGAAACCAAGAAGUAGCGAUGAACAGGAUACUGGACAACAGACCAGCAGCAAAACCGGCACGAACCAAGGGCAUGGCAGACAACGAAGCCACUUGAAGACAACUAAACUUGAAAAGACGAUACAGGAGGAAAGAGGAAAUGUCCCCGAGAGGAAGAAGAAGAAAUCAAAGAUGAAACCGGGGAACAAAAAUACCCAUGUUGCCCCUUCCCAAGGCGUCACUAUAUCAAAGGGCAAAGGAGCAAGCACCUAUGCCGAUAUGGUUAAAAAAUUGAAGGAUGAAAUCGACCUGGAAACAAUAGGAGUGGAGAUUAAAUCAAUGAAGAGGACCAAGGAAGACGGAAUUUUCAUGUUUGUCGGCAAAGGGACCAAGGCAGCAGAAGAUGUCAAAAAGCUGAAACGGGAAAUUGAGAAUGUUCUCGGUGGUGAUGUGGUAGUGAAGGAGUCCAGCAGGCCGCCUCUCAUCGAGAUCCGCGGCAUUGGUCAAGAAGAAAAAGAAGAAGAUGUCGUCUCAGGAAUUUGCCGAUACGGGACAAUUCCCGAAGAAGUUCACGUGACAAAGAUGGGACCCUCGUUCGGAGCAACGCAGAGGGCACUCGUCUCAGUCUCAGCCGAGAUAGCGGGCAAAAUCAUUGCCACAGGUCGAGUUCUAGUCGGACUGAUAUCGUGUGGAGUUCGUCUGAAAGGUAAACCAGUAAUAAGAUGCUACAGAUGCCACGGCUACAAUCACAGGGCAUCCACAUGCAGAGGCCACGAUAGGAGGAAAUUGUGCAUGACGUGCGGUGGGGAAGGCCACCUUGCGAAGCUGUGUCGGAGUGCACCCAAUUGUGUCCUAUGCAAAGAUAUAAAGCGACAGGCGGACCACUACCCAGGAAGCGGGAGAUGUGAGGCUUACAGGAAGGCAAGACUUAAGUAA